GACCAUGAUCAAGAUCAGUCACCACCAUCAAACCCCUUCUCUUCCGAAGCUCAAUCCCAUGCUCAUCUCAACUCUCCAACUCUCCUCCUUUCUCUGCCUCCUCCUCUCCACCACCAUCACCGCCGCCGCCGUAGAUGACAACAGCCCCUGGCUACCUUACACUCCCACCGACUACAUUCUCCUCGACUGUGGUUCAUCUUCUAACACCACCGACGCUAGCCUCCGGAGCUGGGACGGCGAUGUCCGCUCACAAUUCUCGCCGUCGAACAUUGAAAACACGUCGUCGAAUGCUACAUCCUCCAAGUCUGUCAUUCAAGUGCCCUACAAGACUUCUCGUAUCUUCCACUCUCAAUUCACCUACUCAUUCCCAGUCUCUGCCGGACCAAAAUUCAUUCGUCUCUAUUUCUACCCAGUUAAUUACUCUGAGCUCGAUAUUACCAACUCUUUCUUCUCCCUCACUUCCAACGACUACACCCUCUUAAACAACUUCAGUGCCUUCCUCACUGUCUCCGCCAUGAAACCCGCAGUUGCUUCCCUUAUAAAGGAGUUCAUCGUCAAUGUUAGGGACAACCAGAUACUGAAUAUAACCUUUUGGCCUUCUCCGAACUCUUACGCCUUCGUUAAUGGCAUUGAAGUCGUUUCAAUGCCAGAAAAUCUCUACAUUCGCGGCAAUGAUCAUCCAAUCCCACUAGUGAGCGAGAACCAAAGAUUUUAUAUUGAUAACAACUCUGCUCUUGAGACUCUCUAUAGAUUAAAUGUUGGCGGUAAUGAGGUCUCAAUAACCAAUGAUACGGGAAUGUUUCGAUUAUGGAGUCCGGACGACGAUUACACCUACGAAGAUUAUGGGUUUACACCUCACAGGGACGUCGCAAUCCGAUAUAGACAGGAGACACCACCCUACACUGCACCGAAGAUCAUUUACACAACCACAAGGACCAUGGGCAACGACAGUUUAAGAUACAAUCUGACAUGGAAAUUUCCUGUUGAUUCUGGGUUUUAUUAUCUUCUCAGACUCCAUUUCUGCGAGAUUCAAUUGGAGGUGACCCUCGAGAACCAAAGGGUUUUUAUAAUAUACAUCAACAAUCAAACGGCACAGAGAGGAGCAGAUGUUAUCCAGUGGAGUGGUGGCACUAGAAUCCCAGUGUUCAAAGACUACGUCAUCAUGGUCACCGACCCAGAUGGUCGCCAGAGCAAGCAAGACUUGUGGCUCGCUAUGUACCCUGAGCUCGACUUUAGACCUGAGUACGCUGAUGCUAUAUUGAAUGGUUUAGAAAUCUUCAAAUUGAGUAGAAAAGACGGUAGUCUCGCCGGGGCAAACCCUGAACUUGUACUCAUCGGAGGAGGGUCUGUUCUAGUCUUGAUCUUAGGUUUCUUGAUUUUUCGACGACGGAGGAGAGUGAAAGCCUUGGGCUCAACACAGCCCAAGUCGUCGUGGGUCCCCUUAUCUGACGGUUCAAAGUCCACAAAAACCAGCGGUUCAUCACUACCGUCUGAUCUAUGCAGACGCUUUUCACUUGAGGAGAUCACAUCAGCUACAUGCAACUUCGAUGACAAUUUUGUCAUCGGGGCAGGAGGAUUUGGUAAUGUGUAUAAGGGCCACAUCGACAACGGUGCAACCACCGUUGCGAUCAAACGAUUGAACCCAUCAUCAAAUCAAGGGGCCCGCGAGUUCCAAACAGAGAUUGGUAUGCUAUCGAAGUUACGCCACCUCCAUCUGGUGUCGUUGAUCGGUUAUUGCAACGACAACCGUGAGAUGAUCUUGAUUUAUGAUUAUAUGGCCCGCGGGACCCCUCGUGCGAAACGCACGAUCAUUCACCGCGAUGUGAAGUCCACCAAUAUUUUAUUGGACGAGAAAUGGGUGGCUAAGAUUUCUGAUUUUGGAUUAUCCAAACUGGGUCCCAUAGAUGCAGGCCAUAACCACGUCAGCACAACGGUGAAGGGUAGUUUCGGAUAUUUGGAUCCAGAAUAUUAUAAACGACAACAAUUGACAGAGAAAUCGGACGUGUACUCAUUUGGGGUGGUUUUAUUUGAGGUUUUAUGUGCUAGGCCGGCUAUAAUUCUAGAUUUACCCGAGGAUCAAGUGAAUUUGGCUGAGUGGGCUCGCCAUUGUUAUAAAAAUGGGACCCUUGAUCAAAUUGUUGACCCUAAUAUAAGGGAGGAGAUUGCGCCAGAGUGCUUGAAGAAGUUUGGCGAAUUAGGUGAUAGUUGCUUGCGUGAAAAUGGGUUCAAACGACCAGGAAUAAAUAAUGUUUUGUGGGGCCUUGAGUUUUCUUUGCAACUUCAAGAGGAGGCUGAGAUGAAGGGUCAAGGUGAUGGUGGUGGUGGAGGUGGAGGUGGAGGUGGAUUACUACCGGUAGCGUUGGCCAGUCCCUUGACUCCUCCUCUGCAUGGAGAAUCAAUGACCGACAAUGAUGAAAAUGUGUUAAGAUCAAUGACUAACAGUGACAAAUUAAAAAAUAUGACUCUGUUCUCAGAGAUCAUGAAUCCUAUGGGUCGAUGA